AGCUUCCAGCAUGGCUCUGAGAAGGCUGAGGAGCUGGAGGUCACCAACUGCUGCGGACCUGGCAGCUGACACGCGUUCCAGGAGCGUUCUGCUUCCCAAACCCUUCCUCUGUGCUAAGGACGGAGCAGACGCAGCCCAAAGGCACCCGCACCUGUAGGGAUCUCGGGUUGGAUUCUGCUGCUGCUAACAGAGCUCUCUACAGACCUGCGAACAUCCCCGGAGGAGCAUUCCGCAGAGCAGCAAGCUCCUUUUCGGAGUGGGGAGUGGAAGGAGGCAGUUUUCCCCCUCCUUCUCUGUUUGGGAGAAAGGAGUUGCCCAACCUGGUCAUGAGACUUUUCCACACUUCUCCAAGCAGGCUCCUGAAGUUCUGACACUGCACCUCUGAGAGCCUUGGGGUAACAUAGCCCAGAACAGCCCCCACCCCCCCAGCAGCACACCCCGAGUGCAGACAAGCUGGUGGGCACAGGAGAUGGAGAAUGAGGUUGGCAAAUCAAUGGACAAUCAGAUGGACAAAUACAUAGUGACAAUAAUGGGGAAAUCAGAGAGUCAAAUGGAUAUUGUGGAGAAAUCAACAACAUCUGGGAAGAAGCCCUGGAGCUUUGUGGCAAUCGCUCUGGCUGUCCUGCUGCUCCUCAUGACUUGUGCAGUGGUCGCCCUGGUGAUCCUAUAUGCCAGCAGCAGAGGCACUCACUAUGGCACCAAUUCAGGCAGCAUAUGUACCACACCUGGAUGUGUUACAGCAGCUGCUAGAUUAAUUCAGAACAUGGACCCAACAGCUGACCCUUGCAAGGAUUUCUACCAGUAUGCCUGUGGGGGCUGGCUGAACCGCCAUGUGAUCCCAGAAACCAGCUCCAGGUACAGCAUCUUUGACAUCCUGAGGGACGAGCUGGAGAUCAUCCUGAAAGGUGUGCUGGAAACUUCAGAUCAAGGGGACAGAGAAGCAUUUCAGAAAGCUAAAAUACUUUACAAGUCAUGCAUGAAUGAGAGUCUCAUAGAGGAACGAGAUUCACUGCCUCUGCUGGAGGCCUUAACAGUGGUUGGAGACUGGCCAGUUGCUUCUGCUGACUGGAAUAAGACCAAAGAGCCAAACUGGAGCAUGGAAGAGAAGCUCUCCAUCAUGAACUCCAGGUUCAACAAACGUGUCCUCAUCGACAUGUUUGUGUGGAACGACGACCGGGAUUCCAGCAGGCACAUCAUUUAUAUCGACCAGCCAAGCUUAGGAAUGCCAUCCAGGGAUUACUACUUUAAUGGGGGCAACUACCAAAGAGUGAGAGAAGCUUAUCUGCAGUUCAUGAUCACCAUUGCCAAGAUGAUCAGGGAAGACAAAAACGUGUCCAAGGAUGAUUCCUUUGUCCAAGAGGAGAUGGCAAAGGUGAUGGAGCUUGAAACAGAGAUUGCAAAUGCAACCAUCCCUGCAGAAGAGAGGCAUGAUGUGACCUUGCUCUACAACAAAAUGACCUUAAAAGAGCUGCAGGAAAAGUUUGCAUUGAAUGAAUUCAACUGGACCUUCUUCAUCCAAGGUGUGAUGUCUUCAGUAAGCGUUCAGGUUGACCCAGAUGAAGAAGUGGUUGUCUAUGGCAUACCCUAUCUGCAGGAGCUGAAAGCAAUCAUCUCAAAAUACUCAGCAAGCACCAUCCAGAACUACCUCAUCUGGCGGCUGGUGAUCGAUCGAGUCAGCAGCCUGAGUCGGCGCUUCAAGGACGCUCGGGCCAGCUACAGGAAGGCACUCUAUGGGACCACGCUGGAAGAGGCUCGCUGGAGGGAGUGCGUGAGUUACGUCAACAAUAACAUGGAGAACGCAGUGGGGGCAAUGUACGUCAGGGAGACAUUUGCUGGUGAGAGCAAGAGGAUGGUCCGAGAUUUAAUAGAGAAGAUCCGAGAAGCCUUCGUGGAGACUUUAGAUGAGCUGCAGUGGAUGGAUGAGGCAUCGAAGGAGAAGGCUCGGGAGAAGGCAAUGGCAAUUAAAGAACAAAUUGGCUAUCCAGAUUAUAUUUUGGAAGACCAGAAUGAAAAACUAGACCAGGAAUAUGCCAAUUUGAACUUCAGUGAGCAUGGGUACUUUGAAAACAUCCUGGAAAACCUGAGAGCUGGAGCCCAAAAGAGCUUGAAGAAGCUUCGAGAGAGAGUUGACCAAGAUAUAUGGAUAAUUGGAGCUGCUGUGGUCAAUGCUUUCUAUUCCCCCAACCGGAACCAGAUAGUGUUUCCUGCUGGGAUUCUGCAGCCUCCCUUCUUCAGCAAACACCAACCUCAGGCCCUGAACUUCGGAGGGAUCGGGAUGGUUAUCGGGCAUGAGAUUACUCACGGCUUCGACGACAACGGCAGGAACUUUGAUAAAGAUGGCAACAUGUUUGACUGGUGGAGCAACUUCUCUGCCAUGCAUUUCAAGGAGCAGUCUCACUGCAUGGUUUAUCAGUACGGGAACUACACCUGGGAGCUUGCAGGGGGACAAAAUAUCAGUGGAAUAAGCACAUUAGGAGAAAACAUUGCAGAUAAUGGAGGAGUCCGGCAGGCUUACAAGGCCUACUUAAAGUGGCUGGAACAGGAAGGGAAGGAGCCAAAGUUGCCUGGACUGGAUCUGUCCCACAAGCAGCUUUUCUUCCUCAACUUUGCCCAGGUUUGGUGUGGUUCCUACAGGCCAGAAUAUGCCAGCCAGUCCAUAAAGACAGAUGUCCACAGCCCUCUGAAAUACAGGGUGAUGGGAUCUCUGCAGAACUUUGAAGCCUUCUCAGAGGUGUUCCACUGUAAGAAAGGCACAGCCAUGCAUCCUGCAGACAAGUGCAGAGUCUGGUAGCCAGAGAGCCCUGGCGAGGGCAGCAGACACCUGCUCUGGUGACACAACAACCUGCUGCUGCCAGCUGUGUGCCUGAUGCUCUCCCACCCAGCCCUGCCAGGGCAGGAAGGAAACAAGCUCUGGAGCUCUGAGGGCUCCCUGGCAAGUCUGUGGCUGUCUCCAAGGGAGCUCUGAGGGCUCCCUGGCAAGUCUGUGGCUGUCUCCAAGGGAGCUCUGAGGGCUACCUGAGAUGUCUGUGGCUGCCUCCAGGGGAGCUCUGACAGCUCCCUGGGAUGUCUGUGGCUGCCUCCAGGGGAGCUCUGAGGGCUACCUGAGAUGUCUGUGGCUGCCUCCAAGGCUUCUGGUCUGUGCUGAGAGCCACAGCAGCUGCCAGAACUGAAGCAAACUCUUUCCAGCCACGUCCUGACUGUUACCAAGAUACCACAUCAGGGUUCCAAAGCCUUCAGACAACAGACCCAGCACCUAAGGCUUCAUCUGUUUCUCACAAGAACAAUCAUUUUCCUCUCUGCCAGCCCCUGGGGACUCAGCAGAGCUGCCUGAGCUGCCUCACUGGGCUGUUUUCCUGUGUUCCCAGCCAGUUUCUGGUGCAUUCCAUCCCAAAUGCAGGUCAGAGCUGGUCUGGCCUCCCGUGCUGCCUGCAGCCCUGCCCUCUGCUCGCCGUUUGCCCUCAGCCCUGCCAAAGUCAGCUCUGUGUCCAGACGCCUGCUGGCUGCUCCUGAGCAUCUCUGCUCCAAAGAACAACUGCAACCUGCCCCUUCACCCGAGGCACUUUUGGGUAGAGCUCUUGUUGAGCAGCACAGAUUCUCUUCUUCUGGUUCAGCCUGCAGAGACAGGUUUCCACUGCUCUUUUUUUUUUGUCUUGUACAAAGUGUAUAAAAGACUUUGUUGGGUUGUUUGGGUUUGGUUUGGUUUUUUUUUCCCCUGGCCAAAUAGCAAACCUGUAUCCAUGGAAACCAUUAAGCUGUUCUUAAUCCUGUGCCUUUUUGUUGUUGGUGGUGGUGGUUUGGUUUUGCCAUAGGCUAUUUUUCAGUAUUUACACUUGAAAAAAAAAUGUAACAAGUAUUCCUUUUUAAUAAAAAAAUAUCAUGUCAAAAUA